AAUAUGAGUAUAGCUGCAUAUGCGUAUGAAGCUGACAGAGCUAAACGUUUAUAUUUUGGUCAAUACUCUCUCACACUUACUGACAAAUAUAUUGUUAUCACUGAUGGAAAUACUGAGAAAUACAUAACAUGGAAGGACUAUGAAAAGUUUGACCCUAUUUUAACUCCAUGUACUAUGCCGUUUAUAAAGGACGGUGAAAUUAUUGAAAAAGAUAAUACAACCGUAUAUAGGUCUGUUUAUGAAGCAUUAGAAUAUAUGUUGAAUCAUAACCCAAAAAGAUUUGACCCAAGCACUACACCAUGUGCAAUGCCUUUUAUUAAGGACGGUGAAAUCGUAAGAGUUCCGGAUUCAACGGUUUACACAGCUGUUCAAAACAGUUUACAAAACAUUUUAGCGAAUAUCUUUAAUUCAGAAACUACAGAAAUAAAAUUACCGUAUAUAACAGAUGCUAAAGAAAUUAAAUCAAAAACGACAACAUUAUUUACGUCACUUAAUGAUUUAAUGACUUAUAUCAUUAAUAUUCAUGCACCAACUACAGCAUUUGAUCCAAACUCGACGGUUUGCAGUGUACCUUUCAUAAAUGACAGUUCAUUAAUUACUUUAAGGGAUUCGACAGUAAAUGAAUCAUUAAAGGCGUCAUUAAUGAAAAUCAUUGAUUUUAAUUCAUUCACGAAUACAUAUAAUUCAUUCAUUAAUGUUUCAUAUGCUUCUAAAGAAGGUGAGCCAAAAACUAUUGAUAAAGCGGUGUAUGAAAUAAAAGCAUCAACGACGAAAUUGAAUUCGUUAACUUUUGACGGUGAUAGUUUCGUUAAUGACAUAACAUCGGGGAAAACAAUUUUAACGAAAGAAUACUUAAAAUCUCAUGUUAGUGAGUUCGUUGAAAUUGAAAAAGAAGGUGGAAUUAAGUUCGAUCCACUGAAUUUCAUUUUCAGCUUAGCGAAUGCGGGUGUUAGUUUCGCUGAAUGGACAACUAUACAGAGUGAAAUAAAUGCAAUAUGGACGUUUUUGGGGUCAAAAGCGGGAAUGGGUGAGCUUGUAAAUGCUGCAAGAACAUUAGGUGAAACAGGAAAUUUUGUAGAUGGUUUUAAAAGACUUGUUUCAAAUGUUUUAACAAACACAAAGAAAUUAUUUAGAUAUACCGUACAUAACGGACGGAUUUUCGAACAGAUAGCAACAAACCCUCCGGUUAUGGCUGCGUUGAUGAUGGUUAGAGAUAUAAAACCACGUAACGACGGGAACGAAGAACAUGAACAACAGGAUACUGGUCGGGUUAUUCGAGACAUUAAAAACGUGUAUCCUGAAGUUAUUGAUUUAUUUAGAGGAGUUAAUGAUUCAAUUUCAAAACAUUCUAUAACCCUCGAUGAAGAGAAUAAAUUAACAGAUUAUAUAUUCGUCAUUAUUGCAGAAUUAAUGAAGAGAAUAAAUGAAAAAGGAAUUGGUGAUAUCAUUAAUGUCAGCGAUGUAAUGAUGAAAAGAAAUUUUGACUCAUUAUUUACAAAACCGAAAACAGAAUAUAGUCUUUAUGACGUAAUUACCGAAUUAAUGAAAAAGAUUAAUGAUAAUAAGAGUUCUGGCGGAAGAGUUGAAUUAGAAGUGAAUGAUGUUAAUGAGAAAUUAGCCGAAAAAGCAGACAAAAAUGAGCUUUUAACUCUGAGUGAUAAAGUCAAGAACCACGUUCAUUAUAUAACUUCAGACGAACAGAUUAUAACGGACUACCAUGGAUAUUUAAUACAGGAUGAACAAAUAAGCACUGAAGAUGUUAAUGAAAGAAGAUAUAAAUACAUUCGUGCUAAAGGUUAUGACAUACACUGUACUGUACAGUAUGACACAGGUAAAGCACAAGAAGCAUUUGGUUAUAACGAUGAAAUAUAUGCUUCGUAUUUCUUUGUUAACGGUGUAUUAGUUGAACCAAGAUUUACAUUGAGAGUUAAGGCAAAAAUAACUUUUGAAGAUGCUAUUAAAAGUAAAGCUGACAAAGAUGAACUUGACGCAACGAACAAAGUUUUGAAAUCUCAUAAACACAAUAUCUCCGAUAUAAAUGAACUUCAAGCUACAUUAAAUAGUAAAGCUGACAAGAACCAUACACAUGAAUCCUUCACUACUGUUAGAGCAGACGACAUAAUAUUGAACUAUACCCUUGGUUUAAGUGCACCUUUAGAGAAUCCAAGUACAAGCGUAAAAGAUACACUAAACUCCUUAAAUAGUAAAUGUAUGAACAUUGAAGGUCAUGUCAGAAACUUUGAAACACACGAACUACCAGCAAUGUUAGAUAAGAAAGCAGAUAAAGAACAUACACAUAAAUCCUUCUCAACUGUUAGAGCAGACAACAUAAUAUUGAACUAUACCCUUGGUUCAAGUGCACCUUUAGAGAAUCCAAGUACAAGCGUAAAAGAUACACUAAACAAUUUAGAUAACAGUUGCAGGAAUAUCGAAGAUCAUGCCAGAAACUUUGAAGCAUAUGAACUACCAGCAAUGUUAGAUAAGAAAGCCGACAAAACUUAUGUAGAUGAAAAUUAUGCAAAGAAGUCGGAAGUAAAUGCUGCGCUUAAUGGAAAAGCCGACAAGAACCAUACACAUGAAGAAUUUCAAACAAUCAAGAUUAAAGAAAUUAAAGCAUGCAUCGAAAUAGUAACAAAAACAGGAAGAAACGGUGCAACUGUACAAGAACAAAGAAUUUAUCCUCCUACUUUUCCUAAUGGUUUAAUAACAAACAAUAUAAAUAUUGAAGAUGGCAAUAAAGUUAUAAACGUUAAACAUGAACUUCAAACAAUGAAGGCUCAGAUUCUUCAAACAUUAUAUCCUGUUGGCUCUAUUUAUACGUCAAUGAAUUCAACAAAUCCAGCAAGUGUUUUAGGUUUUGGUACGUGGGAACAGAUUGUAGACAAAUUCUUAUACUGUGCUAACUCUUCAAAGCAAACAGGAGGUUCGAAGAAAAUUAAAGAAGCAAACCUUCCACCGCACACUCAUACAGGAACGACAAACACAACAGGUAGUCAUUCACAUUCAAUAACAAAAAGAGGUUAUGCAAAUCUUGCAGCAGGUUCGGAUAGACAGGGAAUGAAUAGAUAUGAUAUUUCAGGUGACCCAGUAGAUUCAAGCGCAGGUAUUUUCUGUGGAACCACAGGAAAUCAUUCACACACUUUCACAACAAAUCCAACAGGCUCGGGUGCAGAUUAUAUGCCACCAUUUGUGACUAUAUUCGCAUGGUACCGCGUUCAA